AUGGACUGCAAGCCUAUGUCUACACCUAUGGAGACAAACUUACAUAAGCUAAAAGAAACAGCUGCAGACUCGGAGUUAGCAGAUUCUACUCUCUAUCGACAGAUGAUUGGGUCAUUGAUGUACUUGGUCAACACUAGACCAAAUAUUUGUUAUGCAACAAAUGCACUCGGUCAGUUUAUGUGUGAACCCAAACAAUUACACUUAGUUGCAGCUAAACACAUUCUGAGGUACCUGCGAGGCACAAUUGGACUUGGAUUGAAGUAUGACAAUGUAGAUCUAAAUUUGCAUGGAUAUACUAACUCAGAUUGGGCUAGAAGUGUAGUUGAUCGUAAAAGUACUUCAAGGUGUUGCUCCAGCCUAGGAUCAGCCAUGAUUUCCUGGUGUAGCCAGAAACGGUCUUCAGUUGCAUAG